UUUUGUCUUAUUUAACAAAUGAGUUCUUUUUUGUUUCUUAUUUUUAUUUUUGUUUUAUCAGUUUUAUCUAAAAAUAUUGAUUUUGUUAAAGACUUAAAUAAAUUAGAAUUAGAUACUCGUUCAGACUCAUACAGGGCUUUUUGGAUUGAUUUUAAUUUUGAAUAUGAUGAAAAUAUUAUUUUAUAUUUAAUUUUAAAGAAAAAUGUUUUUGAUAAAAAUUUAUGUAAAAAAACCUUGGAAAACCGAUGUUCAGAAUUAUUGGAAGUUAUUCCGGAGCUAAAGAAUGUAUGCGAUGGGGAAUUAUCUAAAAAAUGUGAAGAACUUCAAAGUUUAAAACCGAUUAUGAAUAAUUGUACAGAAUUUGAAAUACAACUUACUAAAAUAUCUUUUCUGGAAAAAAAUUAUUGUAAUAUUUAUAUAGAGAGAUGCAUACUUUUUGAAAAUGUAUGUCCGAAUAAGAUCAGCGACAAGUGUAAUGAAUUGAGAGAGAUUUGUUAUAAAAAACAGCAUGAAGAAAUUGCUGAUAUAGCACUUUUAAGAGUAUUUCCGAAUUUUAGUAUUGAAUUAUGUGAAUCAUCAAUUCAAGAGUAUUGUUUAAAAUUAAGUCAAGAAAGUGAUCAAUUGGUAUUAAGAUGUUUAAAAUGGAAAUCAACAUGCCAGCAACUUAUGAAAGUUUCUCAAGAUAUUAAUAUUUAUCUUAAGAAAGAAAUAAAAUCUAUUAUUAAAAAUGUUUCAGAAAGAAUGUAUGAAAAGGACGUUGAGGAUAUAGAUAAGUUAAAAAAAGACUGUCAUCAAUUUCUUCGUGAUUGUAAUCUAUAUGUUUCUGAUUUUAUAAAUUAUCCGCAAAACAUAGAUAAAAAUAAUGAAUUGUCUCUUCUGUGUUUUCAACUUCGGAAAAUAUGUGAGAAUUCGGGUAUUAUUGUUAUCUUUUAUAAUCUUUUCAAUCCAAUCGAGUCGGAUGUUUCUCUUUCUACUAAGAUAGAUCUUAAUGGACUUCAUAAGAAGGCAGCAGAAUCUGGUAUAAUUGUUAAUAAGAGGAUGGGUGAUCUUCGGGAUUACCAUCUUUUAGCAUUAUUGAUUCAUAGCAAUAUUGAUAUAGAAAAUAAAUGUAAGAAAAUAGUAAAGAAUAAUUGCUCGUCUAUUGAAUAUUUUCACAAGGAUUUGGAGAAGAUGUGUCUAUAUUAUAAGGAUAAUAAUAAUGAUAUGCUAAACUGUCUCGUAUUAAAAAGUAAAUUGAGGAAUCUUUGUAAAGAUCUUAGUACAAAACUUAAAAAAAUAUUUCAUUCUAAUAAUAAAGACAAAGGGGAGUUUGCUAUUCGGGAUAAUUAUUUUUUGGUUAAUGAUGAGGAUUGUAAGUCAUUGUUAUCAUUAUGUUUUUAUAUAGGAGAAUGCUGUGAAGAUCAAUAUCUUGAUAAGUUAAUGUGCCGUAAUUUAACAAGUAUAUGUUAUCAUAAAGCACGUUUGAGAUCUUCUUAUAACUUUAUGAGAAAUGUUUUGCGUGGAAAUAUCUAUGAAUCAUCUGAUACAAUGGAAAAGUCUAAUUGUAUAAAUAAAUUGAUUAAUAUUUGUCGAAACUCUUUGCAUCAGUAUAGAGGAGAAUUGCUCGAAUUGUGUUUAUCGCCUAAGAAAACAUGUUCUGAAUUAAUUAAAGAUACUCGAAGAAAGUGUUCAUUGCUUAAAAAGGAAUUAGAUAUUAAUAGUAUUCAAUUUUCUCUUGAAAGAUGUGAUGUUUUGGAAUCUUCAUGCGAAGAAUUAUCUGAAGACUGUAUUACGGACAUAGGUUUAUCAUGUUAUGUAUUUCAAAAAUAUUGCGAGGAAUUAAGAACAAGAAUUGAAUUAAAAAAUAAAUUAUUACAAGAAAAAAAUAAUUCAUUAUCAAAACAGUUAUUUUGUGUAGAACGUUUGAAUAAUUUUUGUACUGAUAUGAUUAAAGAAGCUAAUGCUACAUUUAUGGGUUUAUGCAUACAGCUGGAGAAUACUUGUAAAGCUAUUGCUUUCUCAAUAAUGCGCCAUUGUACACAAUUUCAAAAGAAUUUUGAAAAAUACGGUAUUCUUUUUAAAAUUCAAAACAAAACUAUUACAUUUUAUGAUUGUAAACUAUGGAAACCGUAUUGUGAUAUGCUUAAGAAUAAUUGUCAAGGAAGUAGUUUUCUGCAAUCAUGUAGCUUACUUAAUGAAGUAUGUGAAGAUUAUUAUAGGACAGAAUUUAUUGAAUUAUCCUUGAUGUUUGAAUUAAAUGGUUAUUUGAAAGAACAGGAAAUAUGUAUGAGUGAUUUGAGUAAGCGUUGCAAUAUGUGGAAUCAGGCAAAUAAUAAAACAUUUCAGUCUCUGUGCAAUACUUUAAAAAAUGAUCAAGGGCUGGGACUUUGUAAGAAGUUACAAGUCCAUUUGCAAAAACAAUGUAUUUUUUUGGAUUUUAACUUGAGAAAUUUUUACGUCUCAUUACUAGCUAAGGAAAAAUUAUAUAAAGAAAAAAAAAAGAAGGCAACUAAUUCUACAAAGGAAGUUGUUGGAUUAAGUAAUAGUUCUCUCAUUAGGAAUUUUACAGAACAAAAUAAUUAUGGGAUUUGGCUUAAUAAACUUUAUGUUAUUGCAUUUCAAGAUGUUGCAGAUUUGCUUGACACAGAAAUUCAAGUAAUAAAAGAUUGUAAUAGAAUCUCUUCUGAAACUAUAUUUAAAGAUGAUUGUGUUGAUAUUCAGGAUUUAUAUAAAAAAAUUCUGGAAUUUUGCGAUUCAUUCAGAUCAUAUAUAUCUAAUCAAUCUUGGUUAUUCACAUUACCUGUUUUUUCAACAUUUACCUCGACUUCUAUUGAAACAUCUAUGCUCACUAACACAGAUUAUUCAAUCAAAGAAACUAUAACUGAAACUCUAACUUCUACAGAAUCUUCUUUUACUGUAACUCAUACUGAAAUCCUCCCUUCUACUGUGACUCAUACUGAAAUCCUCCCUUCUACUGUAACUCAUACUGAAAUCAUUCCUUCUACUGUUGCUUAUACUGAAUCUCUUUCUUCUACAAUAACUUAUACUCAAUUUAUCAAGGGAUGGUCAACUCUUACUGAAAAAUUAACUGAAACUGUUACUGUAACAAUUACAUUAGCUUCUCUGACUACUUUUAUUCAUAAAACUUAUUUUCCUAUAGAAUCUCGGAAGAAUUUUGAAGCCUCAUACUAUAAUUUUUCAUAUUUAUUUAUAUUAUUUUCUUUUUUUAUUAUAAUUAUUCUAUGUAUAUUUAAUUUUUUUCUAUUUUUACAUAAAUAUUUUUUCGUUAAAUAG